UCUGGUCUCCUCAGGCGUGAAUGACUCCCGUCCCCGCCGUCUGAACAUGCUGCUCGGGUAGCAAAGCCGACCGAGAGGAGCGUCGACCCGCUUUACACUCCGGACACACGGUCCCGCCUCCAGCAGCACCAUGCUGAUCAAGGAGUAUCGCAUCCCCAUGCCGAUGAGCGUGGAGGAGUACCGCAUCGCUCAGCUCUACAUGAUCCAGAAAAAGAGCCGAGAGGAGAGCUGCGGCGAGGGCAGCGGGGUGGAGAUCCUGGAGAACAAGCCGUAUGAGGACGGACCCGGAGGAUCGGGUCAGUACACGCGCAAGGUCUACCACAUCGGCAAACACAUGCCGUCCUGGUUCUGUGCCAUUCUGCCUCAAGCUGCCCUCCGCGUGGAGGAGGAGUCCUGGAACGCCUACCCAUACACACGAACCCGGUACACCUGUCCCUUUGUAGAGAAGUUCUCGAUAGACAUCGAGACGUAUUACAAACCAGAUACCGGAAACCAAGUGGACGUCUUCAACAUGUCUUCUGCUGAAAAGAGACAGAGGACUGUGGACCCCAUAGACAUCGUGAAGGACUACAUCACUCCUCAUGAGUACCUGGUGGAGGAAGACCCCAAACUCUACCAGUCGCUGAAAACCAAACGGGGCCCGCUGUCGGACGACUGGAUCGAGGAGAUCAACCAGGAUCCCGGCGAAUGUCCCGUCAUGUGCGCCUACAAGCUCUGCAAAGUGGAGUUCAGAUACUGGGGCAUGCAGUCCAAGAUCGAGCGCUUCAUACACGACGUGGGCCUGCGUAAAGUGAUGGUCCGAGCCCACCGGCAGGCGUGGUGUUGGCAGGACGAGUGGUACGGCCUGACCAUCGAGGACAUCAGGCAGCUGGAGCUGGAGACCCAGCUGGCUUUGGCCAAGAAGAUGGCCCAGUACAGCGACGGGGGAACGGAGACCAGCGGCUCCUCCGUCGACCAGGGGCAGGGAGCCGAGGCCGCGGGGUCGGCCGCCGAGGCGGAAGGAGGCGCAGGAGGAAAGCUGGGAGAUUCGCUGGAGACGCGAGGGGAGCUCACCAAGCAGUGGUCCACGUCCUCCAGAUCCUCCAACAGGUCGUCCAAGAGAGGCGGAAGUCCUUCUCACCAGAGCAUUUCAGAGUGGAGGAUGCAGAGCAUCGCCCGAGACUCUGAGGACAGCACAGACGACGAGUUCUUUGACGCUCACGAGGACUUUUCUGACAACGAGGAGAUGUUCGCCAAGGAGAUCACCAAGUGGAGCUCCAACGAUCUGAUGGAUAAGAUGGAAACAAUGGAGGUGGACGAGGCACAAGAACUGUUGUAUCAGGAGUUGGGCGGGGAGUACGGUGUGAUGAGUAAUGAGGAGAGGCAGAUGGGGGAUUGCGCGUCCCAUCAGUGUCUCCAGUCGGCUAAAACUCACAUCCUCGUCCUGGUCCUGCACGGGGGCAACAUCCUGGACACUGGUUUGGGUGAACAGAACAGCAAGCAGGGAGACCUAAACACGCUGAGCGGCGCCUUUGAGACGGUGAUGGGGGUUCAUUACCCGGCGGCGCUGGGCCGCAUCGCCAUCCGGAUGGUGCCCUGUCCUGCCGUGUGUGUCGACGCGUUCGCACUCGUCUCCAAUCUCAGCCCCUACAGCUACGACGAGGGCUGCCUGUCCAGCAGUCAGGAUCACAUCCCGCUGGCGGCGCUGCCUCUGUUGGCUACCUCCGCGCCCCAGUACCAAGACGCCGUCGCGACAGUCAUCUUACGAGCCAAUCAGGUGUACGGCGACUUCGUCAAGUCUCCCGAGGGAGCGUCUUUUAACGGCCAGGUGUGUGUUAUUGGGGACUGUGUCGGCGGGAUCCUGGGGUUCGACGCUCUGUGCAGCAGCUCGGUGACGGUGUCGGAAAGCCAAAACAGCAGCAGGCGGGGCAGCGCCAUCAGUGUGCAGGACACAGACCUCCUCUCGCCGGGCAUCGUUAUAAACAGCGUCUCUCCUUGCUCGCGGUCCCUCGAAGGAAGCCGCCACCUCAGCCGCAGCAACAUCGACAUCCCCCGCUGCUCGGGCCCCGACGACCCCAAGAGACAACUCCCACGCAAGCGCAGCGACUCCUCCACGUACGAGCUGGACACCAUCAAACAUCACCAGGCCUUCCUGUCCAGCCUUCACUCCAGUGUGCUCCACGGGGAGGCCGGGUCGCGGCGCUCCAGCGGCAGCACGAUGCUGGAAGGAGGCUCUCUGGGGAAGUUUGACUUCGAGGUGACGGACUUCUUCAUGUUCGGCUCUCCUCUGGGGCUGGUGCUCGCGCUGAGGAAGACUGUGAUUCCCUCGUUAGAUGUGUCCGCUCUGCGCCCGGCCUGCCAGCAGGUUUACAACCUGUUUCAUCCCGCCGACCCGUCGGCCUCCCGCCUCGAGCCUCUCCUGGACAAGCGGUUCCACCUGCUGCCUCCCUUCAGUGUCCCUCGGUACCAGCGCUUUCCUCUGGGCGACGGGCACUCGGCGCUCUUGGUGGAGACCGUGCAGAGUAACCCCCAGCUGCUGAUGGAGUCUGUUGGGGCCAUUUCCCACCUCGACCAGGACAGCGCCGUCAACGAGACCUCCAUCCCCGUGCCCGUCCUCAACUGGCAGCUCCUCACUGACACGGAUUCUCUUCACUCAAACAUGUCCGUGGACGGCCCGGUC